UGCACCUCCAACCACAGCGCCAGCCGCCAAUCAAAUCCUUGCGUCGCGCGCUCGAGCUUGUCCCAGAUCCCCUUGCUCUGCCCUCUUCUCCAACACCAGUCACCGCCGCCAUGUCGUCGUCGCCGCUGCUGUCCGACGACGGCGUGAGCCGAGUGCGCCGCAAGAAGGACUUCUCGCACAUGGACCGCCUCGACGGCCGCGCGGUCAACAUCCUCCAGGGCCUCGAGCUCCACACCGCCGUCUUCUCCCCGGAAGAGCAGCGCGCCAUCGUCGCCGCCGUCCUCGACCUCCAGGACCGCGGCCGCCGCGGCCACCUCCGAGAGCGGACCUACUCGGAGCCGCGCAAGUGGAUGCGCGGCAAGGGCCGCGCCACCAUCCAGUUCGGCUGCUGCUACAACUACGCCGUCGACCGGGACGGCAACCCGCCGGGCAUCGUGCGGGACUCCGCCGUCGACCCGCUCCCGCCGCUGCUCGCCGCCAUGGUCCGCCGCCUGGUCCUCUGGCGCGUGCUCCCGCGCGCCUGCGUGCCCGACAGUUGCAUCGUCAACAUCUACGACGUGGACGACUGCAUCCCGCCCCACGUCGACAGCCACGACUUCCUCCGCCCCUUCUGCACCGCCUCCUUCCUCGCCGACUGCGACAUCCUCUUCGGCCGGACCCUGAAGGUGCUCGGGCCCGGGGAGUUCGGCGGGGCGGGCUCCACCUCCAUCAACUUGCCGGCCGGGUCCGUGCUCGUGCUCAACGGGAACGGCGCGGACGUUGCCAAGCACUGCGUGCCCGCCGUGCCGGCCAAGAGGAUCUCGAUCACCUUCAGGAAGAUGGACGCCGGCAAGGUCCCGUUCGGGUUCACCCCUCACGCCAUGCUGCAGAACCUUUCCGCCGCGGCGCCGCCCGUGGUACGGCCAGGAACGGCGAGCACAGGAGCGGCAGAGGGGAAGAGCCCUGGCGGCGUGCCUUUCAGUCUCUCCACCGACGAGUUCCCGUCUCUUGGCGGCUCGUCGCCUGCGAUGCGGCCAGCAACGGUGACCACGCCUCUUUACCGGCCCCAUAACACAGAAGCAGCAGAUCAGCAAAGCCAGAGCGCGGCCGCGAGAGCUGCAACGCCUAAGCAGCAGCAAGCGGCGACUCCUCAGAACAAGAAUCACGCGGCUCCUGUCACGGCCGGACAGAGCGCCGGCGGCGUGCCUUUCGGUCUCUCCACCGACGAGUUCCCGGCGCUUGGCGCCUUGCCAGCCAGCGGACGCCGACCAGGAAGGAGAUAGACAAAACAUUUUUAUUUUUUGAAAGAUAAAUCUAGUGAUGAUCAAGGAAAAAAAAUAGCGCGCUAUAACAAAAUAGAGUCAGCCGAAAAAUACGCUAUUAGCGUGCUAUAAAUUAGCGCGCUAUAGUGCCGGAAUGAAGUAGCUUGGGCUGUCUAGAAGAGCGCGCUAUUUUUUUCCAUGGUGAUGAUUCAUAUAUACUAGUAGGAGAGUGUUGUUUCUUCUUCUUUGUUUGAGCUCAUGUACGUGAAACAAGUUACAGCAUUCAUUCAUUCGAUGUACUACAAUCUUUACAAUGCGGUGGCAAUUUCAGCGAGAUGUAUCCUUUCCUAUUC